UCCAAGCUCAUCAGUGAAACCUGAUCCUGCUGCUUUGUGUUAAAAUGCUUGAAGAACACUCUCAUCUCUGACAACGCCAGCUUCCAUCCUGUUGAAACCAUGGUCGUCUCUGCAGUGUUGACGGCAUCCCAUACUGGGGCAUCCAACACAACGUUUGUAGUUUAUGAAAACACCUACAUGAAUAUUACGGUCCCUCCACCAUUCCAGCACCCUGGCGUUGGUCCACUGCUUAGAUACAGUGUUGAAACCCUGGCUCCCACUGGGAUGAGUUCCUUAACAGUGAAUAGUACAGCUGUGUCCCCAACACCAGCAGCUUCCAAGAGCCUCAACUUGCCUCUCCAGAUCAUCCUUUCUGCUCUAAUGAUGUUUAUUCUGUGUGUGUCUUUUCUUGGCAACUUGGUUGUUUGCCUCAUGGUUUACCAAAAAGCUGCAAUGCGUUCCGCCAUUAACAUCCUCCUGGCCAGCCUGGCUUUUGCAGACAUGUUGCUUGCAGUGCUGAACAUGCCUUUGGCCUUGGUCACUAUUCUUACCACCAGAUGGAUUUUCGGGAAAUUCUUCUGUAGGGUAUCUGCUAUGUUUUUCUGGUUGUUUGUCAUAGAGGGAGUAGCCAUCCUGCUCAUCAUUAGCAUUGAUAGGUUUCUUAUUAUAGUCCAGAGGCAGGAUAAGCUAAAUCCAUACAGGGCUAAGGUUCUCAUUGCAGUUUCUUGGGCAACUUCUUUUUGUGUAGCUUUUCCUUUGGCAGUAGGGAACCCCGACCUUCAGAUACCUUCCCGAGCUCCCCAGUGCGUGUUUGGGUACACAACCGAUCUGGGUUACCAGGCAUAUGUGAUUUUGAUUUCUCUCAUUUCUUUCUUCCUGCCCUUCCUGGUGAUCCUGUAUUCCUUUAUGGGCAUCCUCAAUACUCUUCGGCAUAAUGCCUUGAGGAUCCACAGCUACCCUGAAGGUAUAUGCCUCAGCCAGGCCAGCAAACUGGGUCUCAUGAGUCUCCAGAGACCCUUCCAGAUGAGCAUUGACAUGGGCUUUAAAACGCGUGCCUUCACAACCAUUUUGAUUCUCUUUGCUGUCUUCAUCGUCUGCUGGGCCCCAUUCACCACUUACAGCCUUGUGGCAACAUUCAGCAAGCACUUUUACUAUCAGCACAACUUUUUUGAGAUCAGCACCUGGCUACUCUGGCUCUGCUACCUCAAGUCUGCGUUGAACCCACUGAUUUACUACUGGAGGAUUAAGAAAUUCCACGAUGCCUGCUUGGACAUGAUGCCUAAGUCCUUCAAGUUUUUGCCGCGGCUCCCUGGUCACACACGGCGACGGAUACGCCCCAGUGCUGUCUAUGUGUGUGGGGAACAUCGGACGGUGGUGUGA